UUGUGGGAGCUGCUGGAUGUGCAUGAUAGGAAUGGGGAAUCUAAGAGGUACCUAGUGAAAUUCCUAACUAUAGGAAUUAUCCCCUGCCAGAUUUCUUCUUGCGUUUGAGGGAAAGAUACGUUACCAACACCCUUAAAUUCUUGUUUCUUGGAAGAUGUCAACAGGCAUGGAAACCAAGGAGAAAUAGAAUGCUGGGAUGAUAAUGGAACAGAACUUCAGUACACAGUGGGAUCUGAUGAGGAAUGAAGGACCAGGGAUGGUUACCACCAAACCAGUUGGAAGCAUCAGAGGAAGUGAUGAGCAAAUAAUCUGUCUCCUGCUCUGCCUACAUAUAGGUUUUUCCUUUGAUGAAGUUACCUCGUACUAUGAGCCACCUGUGGAUUGAAUACCUAGCACUGUGGGUGUUGCUGAUGGUCGACAAUGGAAGUGAAAUCAUGCAGGCGAGAGCGCCACUGUUCCCUAACAAACCAUUUCUAGUAGUUUGGAAUGCACCUACUGAGCAGUGUCGGCGGCGCUACAAGGUCGAUUUGGACCUCAACGUUUUCGACAUCCUGACAAACCCAAACGAGACCUUGAGCGGCUCCAGUGUGACAAUAUUCUAUCACACUCAUCUUGGGUACUAUCCCCAUGUAGAAGACAAUGGCGAAUCCAUCAAUGGCGGGGUGCCGCAAAACGAGAGCCUCAUCAAACACCUCAUCAAAGCCAAGGCUGACAUUGAGCAUUCCAUCGCCAUGAAGAAAUUCCAGGGACUCGGGGUCAUCGACUGGGAAAACUGGAGACCCCAGUGGGAUAGAAACUGGGGCCAUAAAGCCAUUUACAGAAAUAAGUCUCUUGAACUUGUUAGAAAGCAGCAUCCCCAGUGGCCUGAGAACAAGAUCAAGAAAGUUGCGAAGGAAGAUUUUGAAAAUGCAGGGAGGGGUUUUAUGAACAGCACCCUUUUCCUAGCUGAAGAUAUGAGGCCAAAUGGGCUCUGGGGUUACUAUCUCUACCCAGACUGCUACAAUUAUGAUUACAAGAACCACCCAGACAAGUACACAGGCAAAUGUCCAGACAUUGAAUCGUUCCGGAAUGAUAAUCUGCUUUGGCUGUGGAAAGAAAGCACUGCCCUUUACCCUUCCAUAUACCUGGAAUACAUGCUGAAGUGCAGCCCAAACGCUUUGAAAUUUGUACACUAUCGGGUUAAAGAAGCAAUACGCAUUGCUUCGAUCGCUCGGAAAGACUAUGCUUUGCCUGUUUUUGUGUAUGCUAGGCCAUAUUAUGCCUAUACAUUCCAUGAGUUGACGGAGGAAGACUUGGUGAACACUAUUGGUGAGAGUGCAGCCUUGGGGGCAGCAGGAGUUGUCCUGUGGGGAAGCAUGCAGUAUGCCAGUUCUAAUGACAGCUGUUUAACUGUGAAAAAGUACGUCGAUGGUCUCUUGGGACAUUACAUCAUGAAUGUGACCUCUGCAGCCAAGCUCUGCAGCAAAGUUCUCUGUAAGAAGAAUGGAAGAUGCAUUCGUAAAAACAGUGAAUCAGAUGCUUACCUGCACUUGUCUCCUGACAGUUUUAAGAUUUGGCUCAAUAUCUCUGAAACGGAGAGAAGAGUAGUUGUACAAGGAAAUCUGAAGCAGGAGGACAUGGAGGUCAUGAAAGAGAAAUUCAUCUGUCAGUGUUACCAAGGGUGGAUGGGGUUAUUUUGUGAACUGCCUACUCACCACAAAAAGAGGUGCAAACCUAAUUCAGUCUAAUAUUCAAUAUUUCAUUACCAAACUCUUACUGUGGAGUGUUAGUCAGAUUUUAAUCAAAAGCAGGCAGACGUUUAUUGACGGAUGAAUUCCCCAAUACAAAGCAAAUUACCCAAGAACCCAAGUAUAUUCAUAAAUCCAUUUACUCUAAAAUCA